AACAGACAGAAGGUGAGAAGCUGUCUCGCUGCGAUGCUGUCGCUCCUGUUGUAGCUUCGCUUUCGCCGUGCAGUGUCGCGAAGAAUGGAGGUCUCUUCCAUGGCCGCCGUUUCCAAGGCGUAUCUCUCGUCACCUUCAUCAGAUGCAUUUAUGUGUGAACGGAUAAACUUUGCCAAAUGGCAGCAAGUCCCUUUUUUUUCAACAUCUAGAAGGAGUGCAAAGACUUCAAGUGGUCGAGGCGGUCUAUCAUUUGAAAAGCGAUUUCGCAUGAAGGUUUUCUGCAGCCAGAAGAAAGAAAUUCCUACCGUGUCAGCCAGGUGCAUGGAUGAUGUAUAUGAUGCUUUGGCUAAACAUCUAGUCCCUACAGCAGCGGUUGCAUCAAAUCCUAAUUCAAAGUAUAUUUUGGGUUUGGCCGGUCCUCCUGGUGCUGGAAAGUCCACUCUAGCAUCAGAGGUAGUACAAAGAGUGAAUAAAUUAUGGCCUCAAAAAGCUUCUUCCUUUGAUUCUCAAGUGGAACCAAUGGAUAUUGCAAUAGUCCUUCCCAUGGAUGGCUUCCAUUUAUAUCGCUCUCAGCUAGAUGCUAUGGAGAACCCGGAGGAAGCCCAUGCAAGAAGAGGAGAGCCUUUCUGUGACAUUUCAGCUCCAUGGACAUUCAACCCUGAGCUGCUGCUUACUUGUCUCAAGGACCUGAGGGAACAGGGAUCAGUUUAUGUGCCAUCCUUUGAUCACGGCAUUGGAGAUCCAGUAGAAGAUGAUAUCUUUGUGAGCCUGCAGCACAAAGUGGUUAUUGUUGAAGGAAAUUAUUUGCUGCUGGAAGAAGGGGUUUGGGGGGAUGUGUCGUCCUUUUUCGAUGAGAAGUGGUUUAUUGAUGUUGACAUCGGCGCCGUCAUGGAAAGAGUUGUAAAAAGGCAUAUUUCCACAGGAAGGCCUCCAGACGUUGCUAGAUGGCGGGUAGAAUACAAUGACAGACCCAAUGCAGAACUUAUAAUGAAGUCAAAGAAGAACGCGGAUUUGAUAAUCAAAUCAAUUGACUUCCAAACGUGAAUUAUCUGUGUUUGCUUUUUCAAGGAAUAAGAAUCCCGAGGUCGGUCAGGUUUCCAAACCCUUGGGAUUUGAAUGAUCAAGACCUAAUGCGUAAGCUUUCUAUUGAGUAACAAUGAAGAUAAUAAUGUGGUCCAGAUGAUGCUUUUCUGGCGAAUGAAGUCAGAAAGUCAGUGAACUGAACUGUACAAAGCAGUCAAAGAGAGAGCGUUUCCAAAGUGUAGUUUAAGGAAUUAACUCUCAAAUGGGCCAGCUUUUUUUGGGGGGGGGGGCCAUUUAGGAUUUAUAUGUGAUUUAUCCAGUGGUGUUACUGAAUGAUGAAUUUUCAGUCUGUUUCAAUGUUAAUGAAUGAUGUUUCCAAAUGUUUAAAUUUGCUCUCAGUGCAAUCUAAACACUGUUCUGCUUGAGCUAUUUUUGGGUGUAAUUUCUACUGCGAUCGGCCAAUCUGUAUGGGUUGAUAUGGAGAGUUUGAAUAUUAACUACUUUGGGAUCUA